GACAAGGACCGGAUAGAACAACAACUCUUGCCGGGCAUGAUUUACAGGGGUUAAGAUGCCAUUCACUUGCUGCCUUGACCUGCCCUCUCCCGACAGUCAAGAGAAGGAAGAAGACUAGUGGGAAUUUGGAACUGGCCCUUGGGCGCUGCUGUGACUUUCACCUGCCGGACACUAGCACGAAACUUCGGCAAACCACGUGCUAUCCUUGAGGUUGACACGGCGCUUGAGAUUUCGACGGCCUGCAAGACUUUUGUUCUUUUGUUACAUGUUUCUCUCAUCGAUCCACGCGGAAGGUUGGAAGGACUAAUUAUGCAGAACGCGCCGGUUCCUGCAUUUGCUAGGCCACAAGUCCACAACUGCUACGCCAUGACCAGCCUCGCCCACUAACUUGCUUCGCCGCCUCACAAAAAAGCGAAGUGAAACAAUCGCCAAUGUCCUUUCCAGGCAGAAUCAUCACUUGUGGCUGCGAGCUAGAGUCUGCUUACUGCAUAUAGAAUCGGACAUGGUGCAGCACCGCGGCAGAACAGCGAGCAUGCUGGAGGUGCCGGUGCCGGUGCCGGGGAGCCUCCCGCUGUGCACCUACCGCGAUUCGAUCCGUAGAGUCUCUGUCGUCUCCGGCGGCCUGUGCGGGUCGGUGCAGCUGUUCUUCCCCGUGAGCUGCGACACUGAGGCGGGAGAUGGAGCCUACUGCUGGUCGAGCGCGAGCUCCGCCUCCAGUCCGUGUCCGUCCUUGGAUGCAUGGGCCCGUUGCUCGCCCGUGUCCUCGUCCUUCUCCGGCUGCUGGGAGGCUGAAGACCCAGAUGCAGUCAUGGAGCUCCGCGCCAUCGCGCAGCAGAUGGUCCACGACGGCUACAUGCAGGGCCUCAUCCGAGCGUUCGGUGCCGGUCGCUCCUCAUCGGCACACCGCCGCGGUCUCGCCGGUCCCGGCCUCGAAGAGAGCCUUUUGGAGAGCUGGUUCUCGGAGCUGGACGUGGAGUGGGUACUCAGGAUCGGGGAAGGAGACAGAGUGCACUUGGACUUGGAGGACGGAUGCGCCUCCCUCCUAGAUAUGAUGGAGAGGUGGAUCAAAGCUCUCAAGACCAUGGUGCAGGUGCUCUGCAUCACGCAGCAGGAGAUCCGCGCCAAGGGGCCGACCGUCGCCGUCGGCGGCGGGGUCAGGAAGGCCAUCGAGCACAUCAUGCUGCUGGCCACCGGUAAAAUAAUGGCCGAGCGCGAGCAGGAGGUGGCCCAGUUCGUGCGGCUCGCCGAGGAUGCUUCACUUCGUGGACGCCGUCGCUCACGCCGCUCUGCACGACGACCAGGCGCCGGAGACGCUCCCGGGGAUGUUGCUGGUGUACACCUGCGUCGUGGAUGACGCGCCGGCCGUCCUGGCCUUGUUCCAAGAGGCGUCCAUGACCAGCUCCAUGUUCGACGCCAUCAACGCUGUCUUCCUACGGAAGAUGAACAGGCUGAGCGACGCCAUAUGGAGCAUGAUGGAGAAGGUCAGAGCUUCGUUCGUG